AGCUUGGAGUCCGAGCUCGGCGUGGAGUUCCCGGUGAAGGUGGAGGCGCCGCACAUCGUCCCUCGACGACAGCUGCACGUGGAGGCGUCCGACGCGCUCGGGGACUUCACGCGCAAGACGCAAGAGUCGGACAAGAUGCCCGGGAACUUGGGAUCGCUGCUUCUGAAGUACGUCAAGGUGACCCCGGGCGGCGUGCUCGUGUUUCUUCCAAAGUAUUCGCUCAUCCAACGCGUGAUCGACGAGUGGGCGCACACGGGGAUGCUGGAAGAGCUCGAGAAGCACAAGCGCGUCGUGUACGAAGAACCCGGCGCGGAGACGCUCGCACCGACGAUGGAGACGUUCAAGGACGCGAUCGAGUCCGGUCGCGGCGGCGUGUUCCUCGCCGUGUACCGCGGGAAAGUCAGCGAGGGGUUGGAUUUUAAAGACGCCAACGCGCGCGCCGUGUUCUGCGUCGGGAUCCCUUUCCCGUCCCUCGGCGACGUCAAGGUGAAGCUCAAGCGCGAGUACAACAAUCACGUGGAGAGCAAGAAACAAGGCCUGAUGUCCGGCGGGGAGUGGUACACGCACCAGGCGUUUCGGGCGUAUAACCAGGCGUUGGGCCGGUGCGUUCGGCAUCAGUUCGAUUACGCGUGCAUCUUUCUCGUGGACGCUCGGUUUUGCAUGCACGACGAGGCGUCGCACAACAAGCGGAUGGUGAGCAAGUGGAUGCGUAACCUGGUGACGCACUACUCGCAGUCCAGAGAGAGCGUCGGGACGGUCAGAGAGUUU